ACCGAAGGGGAUUUUAACAAAACUCAAUAAACCAAUUAUAUACGCAAUGCGAUCACGUCUUCGGUGUAUGAUCGUAAAUUGCGCAGGCGUUACAUCAGCAAAAUUUCAGAAAAUAACCUAAUACUUCUUUUCUUUCUUCCCUUCUUGGUACCCGCUUAUGUCUGCGUGCAAAAAAAAUGUGAAAUUUAAUCAACAACCCGUUGGUAGCAUUUCAAAUAAGGGGCGGAGCAAAACUGCAAUUAUAAAGUACACGCCUAAUCAUUCUAUCGAGGUGGGAUAAUUUUACAUUUGUGAGAGAAUACUGUUUUGGUUAAGCAAAAGUUCAAACCGGGUGUUUCAAUAAUUUAAGUGUUUGAUAUACGGGAAAACAAUAAAUUAAUAAUAAUGAAAUACAAAUUAUCAUGUUUUCACAGAUUUUUCGACAAAGUGUCCACGUUCGUCUUCGAGAAUCCAUGGCCGAUAGUUCUGGCAAGUUUUAUUAUUCAAACACUUUUUGGUCUUUGUUUUCUGUCGUUAAAUCUGAACAAUGACAUUAAAGAUUUGUACUUACCAGAGAAUACACAAACGGAAAAAACGGAAAGUGACAUUGUUCAAACGUAUUCGAAUCAAUCUGAAUUGAGCUUUAUACCUCAUACCACAAUAAAACCAAGUCUGCAGGCGGACAUUAUACUUUACAGCAAAAACAGUUCGAUUCCACUAAAUUGGAGUGACGUACAAGAUGUUUUCAGCCGGAUUGAAAGCAUCGAGACAUCUACAUUGUACCAACGAAACGCACGGAUGAGAAGCGUUUGUGCAACCUGGAAUGGAACAUGUGUUGUAACUAACACGAGUGCAACGACGAAUCUUCGGUCAAUGACCAAAGAAGAACGUGUUUUGAAUACAUACAUCAAAAUGUCUAUCUUCCUUAGACAGGACACUGAGGGGCGCCUUGCAGAAUCGACUCUUUGGCUUGAUAAAUUCACUCAAACGAUGACAACUCUUACCUCUGAGAAUACUGGCUUCGUGUUCAGCACAUCAUUAUCAUUUUACGAUCGCCUCAAUUCGGACACUUACAUAGACAUUCGAUAUUUCGGUCUAGUGUUUACUGUGUUUAUGACAUAUUGCGGAUUCCUUCUUUCGGGCGGCGACUGCUUGACCAAGCAAGCACAUGUCGGUAGAAUGGGACUGAUUGUCACCCCUUUGAGUGUUAUGGGCGCAUGGGGUCUCUUGUCUGGUUGCGGUGUUCCCUUUACGAAUAUGACUGGAGUGAUGCCAUUAGUUGCACUUUUUUUACAGGUGAACAAUGUACAGUACACACUGAUGAAACUGGCUGGAACCUCGGGCAUUCCUGAUGCCAAGACUCGCAUUCAACAGACUGUCCGUGAAAGUACAGUUUCUGUAUGUGCGGCAACAAUCACCGCUACCGUACCUUUAGUUGCUGGCCUUUUCUCAAGCUACAAGUCAACUCGACUAGUCUGCCUGUACACAGUGGUGACAAUGUGUUUUUCCUAUAUCAAUCAUUGGACGAUGUUCCUUGGGUGUUUGGUUAUUCAUGAAAAACGCAUCGAUGCAAACCGCCAUUGCUGCACAUGCAGAAAAAUUAAUUUGCCCGACGACGAAAAUGUUCAAGAAAGAAGUUCAUGCUUUAGGUGUUGCUGUACUGGCCGUCCACCUAGGUCAUAUAGAGACACACAGAGCACGUUACAGAAGAUUCCUACAUUCUUUCUCUCUCGAGCAGUUCUUUCCUUGCCUUGCAAAAUAUUGUCAACAUGUAUUUGUGUUGUCUUUCUCGGAGUAUCAAUAUACCAUGCGAUUCAAACAAGAGCCGAUAUUUACCAUGAAAGUUUCAUAAAAGAAGGGUCUUAUUUUUACGAUUACAAUAUUUUAAAUGAAAAAUACUUUCCUGAUCAUAUUUUCAUAACUUUUGCCACAAAACGUAGAUCCGAAAUCACUGUUGAAAACUGUGAAUCUGUGCGAAGUAGCCUCGAGAUAUUUAUUAAUACGAAGGAAGCGAUUCUUAGUAAUGAGACAAUUUUUUGGUUUGACAAAUAUAUCAACGCCGUUCACGAGAAUAGAUCGCACGAUUUUGCAUCGUCAGUGCGUAGUUUUUUGUCUAUGUUUCCUGAAUUCAAACAGGACGUUGCUUUUAGCGAAGACGGAUCCCAAAUCCAGUCGUUUCGAUUUUACCUGAAAACUAGGCCUAAGCAAGAUAUUAUCAAAUUGCAUUCGGAGAUCGGCAAUGAAGCAGUUCUAGGUGAACUAGUAUUUUUUGUUUAUUCCCACAACUUUAUUUGGGUUGAUUCCUAUCAAAAGGCCUUUUGGGAAACACUUGUAUUUAUGGGAAUUGAGUUUCUUGUGACUUGCGUGUCCAUGGGUUUAAUAUGCAGAGACCCUUUACUUACAGUUUAUACCUGUAUUUGGUAUGUUGUCGCUUGUGUAGGAAUAUUUGGUUUAAUCAAUAUUCUUGACGUUUCUAUCACGUCUGUCUGUUCAAUCAUUCUAAUAUUUGGUGCAACCUACAUUUGCAAUGUGAUUGUCUAUAGUCACCUGUCGUAUUUGGAGUCAGAAGGCACUGAUAUCGCUUCCAGAACCUAUAAUGUAUUAGUCGAGACAACUUCCUCAUUAUUUAACACGCUGUUUGCAACAUUACUUGGCCUUAUGGUUAUGUUCACCAAUGAAUCAUUUGUAUUUAUAACCAUUUUCAAAGGGUUGGGUUCAAGCAUUGUGGUAUCAUUGUUUGUCGGUUGUUUAUUUAUUCCAACACUUCUCAGUAUCUUUGGGUCGAGUACAGGAGAAACAUGGUCAGAAAAUGUAGAAAAGAAAAUAGAUAUGACGGUGAUUGCGAAUGGGCAUCAUGAGACAGAAUUUGGUCAAACAAAUAACGCUUUCAUUGAUACAGCGGAGAACACAGAGUACUUGUAACUUAAAUGAUCCCAUCCUAAUUAUAUUUAUAAAUAAAUACCAUUAGUUACAUAAAACGAAUAUGCCAAAUUUGCUUACCGAAUUACAAUUAGCGCCCAAAAUCGGCCCAUAAAAUGAGAGCUUCGAAUUUUGUAACCCUUCUCACUAAAGGAAUCAGCCUCCUCAAUUGCUAUUACUUGUUGUCGUCAGGUAUUUUUGGCAAUUUAGAUCAGGAAAUAAUUGAUUCACUCUCUAUGUUAUUGAGUUAAAUUUGCUAUGAACAUGUACAUUGAUUUUUUAAACAUACUCAUUUUGUUUUCUAUAUCUCCUUUUCGUCCUCUUAAUGUUUUUACGAAGUUCUGUAAAAAAGUAAUCAUAUUUUUACUUCUGUAUCUGUGCCCCAAGUUUAAGACAUUAUAACGACUCGUGAUAUACGCUUUUAUAGUGAACUUCGUAAAUCUGCACCAUUUAUUAUAAGUUAUGUUAGUGUAUGUAUGUAAAUAUUUAUGAAUAUAAAAUAUGUUACCUUU